AUGGCACGUCUCAUUCACACCCACCUGGAUGAAACAAGCACCCCAGGACCCCGCCAAACUUCAUCACCAUCAUCACCAGAAUCAUUUACUUCCGAUAAAGAAAAUCGGCGUCAGGGCAUCAAUAAGAGGACUACCGCUGCGAUGCCACCGCCAAGUGCACAGAAUAAACGACCGCGACUGGCCGACCGUCCCUCGAAUGUCCAGUCUGCGCAAUCUUCUCGGUCUGCUCGAUCUGCUCGAUCUGCACAGUCGCAAGCAUCAUCUCAACGAAGUAGCAAUGAUACGCGAUACUAUGACCCUGACCAGGACCCCGAGGAACGAAGAAGUGUGCGGAGAGGACUUCGAGAUCUGGGCAGGGAAUUGAAUGACACGCGAGGAGAGCUCAUGCAGCCUGGAAAUGAUGGUAUCCUCAACAUUGUCGAACAAGCAAAUCAAUUCUACGCCAAAGUGAAGCAAACCGCCGAUGCCACACUCGACUCACGCAUCCUGGUCAAUACAGCCGAUCUCACGCGGAAGAAAGCCACUCAGCUGGCUCUUGGUGACACCUCUGCUGGUAUCGAUGUGGACGAGUUCGUAUCCAAGUGUAUAUCGUUCAUGCGUCGCGGUCCGAACAACGCGGUGGCCUCAGCAAACGGGACACAGGGACGCCGAGGACGCCCUGGUCGAAGCCAAAGAGACCCUGACGCCAGUGACGAAGAUGAUGGCGAUGCGAUGAACUGGGACACGCUUGGUCGAUCGGCCUGCUUUCCUAGCAAUGCCCGCCCGGCAGUGUCAGGAUGGUUGCUAGGGCCGCUGUCCGUACAGAAACGUACGCGACAAAUGACACAGCGAAGAGCUGCAGAGCAAAUUGAUCGGACACAAGCCGUGGCGCCCCGGGAAAUGGCACAGCAGGAUCUGGGCCAGCAGGAAAGCUCGAAUCUGACCCAGAUCUGUUCCGAGAUCAACAAGUUGCUCGCCAACAGCCAACGUCAACGUGAGAAAGAUGCUACGGAGGAGCUCGAAGCCCAAGAAGGUCUUACCCCAGAGAAAGCGCAAGAAAUCAUGGAUAAGCACAGCGUGGCGGACGACGGAGGAAUCCCCUUGUUUCGUUUCUGUAUCAACCCGAAGUCUUUUGGGCAAAGCGUGGAAAAUUUGUUCUAUGUGAGCUUCCUCGUGCGAGACGGCACAGUAGGGGUAGCAGUAGAUAGUCGUGGUCUGCCGACGCUGCAUGCGGCCGCACCGUUCGCCCCCAGUGAAGCCCAAAAAAAGGGUGUACAGAAACAUCAGGCGGUCUUUAGCCUGGACCACGAAACGUGGCACGAAAUCAUCGAUGUUUUCAACGUCAAGGACUCCAUCAUCCCCCAUCGUGAAGAGAAAGAACAAGAGACUGGCACAAGUUGGUAUGCCUAG